UACGCAUGAGCAAACGGAUGCAGAUUUUGGAGAUCCUCACAGGUUAUCCUAUUUUGUAAACAUGAAGGGUGCAAAGUUUGAUCCCAAUUAUUACCGAUUGCCAAGAAAUCCAGAAUGGACAUUCGUCAUAAUUCUAAUGUUUGUGUUCUAUUUGACCCUCUACCACCCUGGAAGUAUUAUCCUUGAUUACCUCGGUCCUAUAGGCACCCUGGCUAGAUACAUGCACACGCAGCAACUUCAGCUUUGCUAUUUAAUAUUGUAUGCUGCCAUCGCAGCACAUGCUGCUGAAGCCAUUUAUACCUUUUAUGUCUGCAGGAAGAAGGGCUUUGCCAUGUUUAGCACAUUCCUGUGGACAACACAGACCUUCGUUUUUGGUUUUCCAUCGCUUUUAGCUCUUAAGGCAUACAAAGGCUCAAUUAUCUUAAAGACACAGUAAUGUGUCAAAGUCAUGUGAGACUGACUUUGGGCUUAAUAUAUAUGGGCAGUGUCAUCCCAGAUUAGCUGGGCUUAAUGUACAUGUAUAUGGGCAGUGUCAUCCCAGAUUAGCCUAUGCAGUCCACACAGGAUAAUCUGGGACAACACUUGUAUUGCUAAAACUGGAUUUUGGUUAAGAGACUUAAUUCCAACAAAAAUUUCAUAAAAGUCAUCCAUGAUAAGCCUGUGUAGACUGCACAGGCUGAUUGUCAUGUGUGGACUGCACAGGCUAAUAUUGGAUUUUUUUAUGCACAUGUCUUAAGCCCCAUUUUCACAAGGCAAGGCUGGUCAUGUUGAAUCAAGACAUAUUUAGGAUGAAUUGUUUUUAAUAUUGCAGACGGUAUGGCCUAAACUGGUUUCCAACGGUUUUGUGGCUUACCCAGAACAUGAUUUUCGGAUUUCCAUCGUCAACUCGACUAUUGAACAACCGCAUAACUGUGAUAUUUUUUAUUUCGUUAGACUUUUUCAUCAAUUUGUUUAUAAUUAACAUUUUUGUGUGAAAUUGUAUGUUUUGUGUAAGUUGUAUUAUUUUGUAUGACUGCAAUUACUUUGUAUGACUGCAAUUACUAACAUUUUGCAAUUAGCAUUUUGAUUUAAGGUAAUAAAGCUUUAAUCAUUAUCUUAAUUUUUUCCUUCUGUACUGAAAGAAAUUCAUUGGAAAAAAUAUACCUUUAUGCUCACAACAUUUGUUUGACUUUUUGACAGUAUUCAUAGUAACUGUGAAUUAUCUGAUAAUGAAGAACAAAAAAGUAAAUAUUUACUAGUUUCAAGUACUGACUAAUAAAUCAUUUAUACAUGGUAUACUAUGUAGUAAGCUCACUGCAUGCCAUAUUCUGGUUUCACUGUUAUGUUUUAUGAUUUUUGUAGUUCCAAAAUUGUGAAUUAAAAAAAUAUAAAGCAGAACACAAAGUUGUACUGUUUGAUAUACAAGUUAUAAAAGUUGUACUGUUUUAUAUACAAGUUAUAAAAGUGCAAUUGUAAACACAAGUUUCAAGUCCCAGUCUUUAGAAUCCAUAUAAUGUGACUUUUGUCGGCAAAUGCACCCGAGUACCCACUGAUAUAUUGAUUCACAAUAUCUGAUUAUCAAAAAUAUCUGAUUUUUUAGCAUCUUCUAAAUACUGUUGAAUGAUAAUAUAAUAUAUUUGUAGGAUUUUUUGUUUCAUUGCAAGAUUAAAUGUGAACAACUUACAA